AUGGCACCCGCUUCCAUAGGUCAGCGCGUAAAUGUGCGCGGUGACUCUGGAACCGUGCGUUAUGUUGGGGCCACCCAGUUUGCGCCAGGUGAAUGGGUCGGUGUAGAAUUAGACCAUCCACGCGGGCGAAAUGAUGGUGCGGUGCAAGGCGUCAGAUAUUUCGACUGCCAAAAAGCAGGCAACUACGGUGUCUUUGUUCGCGCUGAAUUUCUAGAACAGAGAGCGCCUGAAGGCUUGAAUCUGAUUGUGCCUGAUGCAAAGGUCGUGGUGAACAAAUUGCAAGUCAAGCUCAAGGCGGCCGUCAAUGAGAUUGGAAAAUGCAAGGAAACUAUCGCAUCAUUACAGAUAGAAUUGGAGAAUAACAAGCGGCUUCGUGAUGAGCUCGAGGUCUCUUUGGAGCAGUCCACGGUAGAACUGGAGUACCUCCAAGCGCAAAAUGGUGAACUUCUUCAACUGUUGGAGUCUCUUCGGGAACAGUACGAUCAUCUUUCGGCAGACUUCUCCAUUGUCAACGAAGAAUUGGAGAUACACAAGGCUUUGGAAGCGGCUGUGAGCUCUCUGUCGCCUCAAGGCCCCGUUUCCUCCGAUGAUUUCCAGAUUCUUCUCCAGCAUAACAAAAAGCUAGAGCUUGCGAUAACUUCUUUGAAGGGGGUGUCUGAGGAAGCGCAGAAUUCAAGAGCUGAGAUUCUUAAACUUCUCAAUACAAAAGCCAACGCCUUGACUACGUUGGAAGAGUCACAUAGUAACAUAUCAGAGAAGUUAAAGGCUUCAGAACUUAUCAUCACCCAGCUUCAUGAAGAACUUGAGAUCUCUGCAGAACUGAGCCUGGUUAUAGACUAUCUAACCUCAGAAAAUGAGGUCUUGCAAAAUCAAGUUCUCGAGCUUACCCAGUCUGUGAAGGAACUCACGGAACUCCAUGAAAUAGAUAAAAGCAUAGAAGAAAACCAUGCGCUCGUGGAGAAGGAAUUCCAAGGUUUAGUCACCACACUUAAAAAUGAGAUUCUCAGCCACAAGAAACAGCUCGAUAAGCUUCUGUCGGUGAAUUCUCUGCUCGUGAAAGAGCAAAAUGAACUCAGAAAGAAACUUCGAGACGAAAACUUACCUUUCAAUGCCCAUGAGUUCGAGCAACUCGUUCUUGAGUCUAAGAAGUUAAAAUUGACAGAUUCGAAGACCAAAUUUGUAAACUCCAUCAUACGAGAAAAUCUCGCUUCAAUUUCGGCACUUCCACCACAAUUGGUUCCAAACAAAUACAAGGAUCAAACCAUGUUGAUUGUAACCCUUCAGAAGUGUCUUUCCUCGUGUUCUGCAAUACUCUCACAUUUACAGGCCUUAUCAUUUUCUAGCUCCAUGUGCCAGGCAUGUUAUUCUUUUGAGAGGCUUAAAUAUGCCCUCUCAUACAUGAAGAGUGUCAUAGAAUAUGCUCACUACAACUCUGAGAAAGAUAAUGAAAAAAUCAAGGAUCAUGUAUAUUUCGUGAGCUCACGUCUUGAUGACUGUGUUUCGCGAUUUGUCCCCGAUGAUUUAUUCUCUUUGGACUUUUCAUUUACCACAGAAUCUUUUGAAUUCAUAAAGAGUACCUGCGAAAAUAUUGUUGUGCCGAGGUCUAUUAAAGCACACUAUGUCUACUCGUUUUUGCAUUGUGAGGUUAGACUCGCAGUCGAGAUAUUAAGACACAUCCUAAAAACUCACCCUCAUGAUAAUUCCACACUUGAGGGCUUCGAGAACAACUUAUCGGAUUUCAUCUCGAAAGGAUCGAAAUUGGUGACAAUAUCUGCCGAGCAACUUGAUCUCCUCAAAGAUAACUUAGAUAAAGAUCUCAGUGAAGAUUAUUCGCUCUCACAAAGGGAUGUCAAAUUUUUUCCAGUCAUUUGCGAUCUUUUAAAGGAAGUAGAGUCAGAAAUUGGGCUCGAGGAAAAUGAACUCAUCCAAAAAUUCAGUGACUCUUCGAUCAACUUGAGUGAGGAUGCCAGAACUCUCGAAGGUCUUACAGAUGACCUUUUGAAAGGUUUCAAAUUUGAAGAUGUAUCCUAUCAUGCAAUUUAUGAGAUUGUUGCUGAAAUUUCCAACAAUGAUGCAAGUAUAGAUACUGAGGCAACAUCCGAAUUGGAGUUUCAGCUUUUGGAAAAAACUCAACUGAUUCAAAACUUGCAUCUUCAAAUUGAACUCUUGGAGAAAAAUAUGAUUGGGUCUCUUGCUGGCAAGGAGACAGAGCUCAAAAAAACCGAGAAACUUUUACUCGAAGUGAGGGAGGAUUAUAAACAGUUGGAUCAACAAUUGAAAGACUUACUUCUGGCCAAUGAAGAUUUGCUGGCUCAAUUAGACACUUUGCGUUCUGCUGAUCAUCUCUCUGAAUAUCAACAAAUUCCUGUCUUUGAAAAUCUCAAGGCAAUGAGAGAUUACACCAGCACGAUGUCAUUGAUUGACGAAAUUAACUUGUUAAAAAGAAUGCUGGCUCGAGGUGCCUCUCACGAGACAGAAGCAACCUGUUAA